AUGCGCUACACUACGUUGUUCCUCUCCGUGCUGGGACUCGGCGUCCUGUGCGCGAGCGCACCGAUUGAUAGCUCGGACACCUCACUUGAGACAGUCUCAAGCAACGAUACCGUCGCCGCCGCGGCGCCGGGCUCGACAGACCCGUCCGGGGAAGAGGAUGCGGACGACCCAUUUGUCUACCAGUGGCGGCAGUAG